CACCCCGUUGCCAGGGCGUCGGGCGGCCCAGAGCCGGCAAAGUCGGCCUGGAGAGGAGGCGUGGUGUCCCGCGGCCGGCUGGGACUUCGCGGAGCCGGGCCUGCGGGACUACAGGAUGGGCUGAGUCGGCGGCGGCUCUCAGGACGAGGUGGACAGCCCGGCCGGAGGCGUGACCCGGGUUGUGGCUGUUUAGGCUGUGGGCUUCAGGAGAGGGCGGGCCGCGUGGGCAAAUGCGGUACCGAGGUGGGGAUGUAGCCGGUCACAAGAAACCCGCAGUGUUUGUUAGAGGGACUUUUUAACCUGCCUUCCUUCGUCUUUGCUGUUUUUUGAAAAGGGAACUUGUUUUCUAAAUCCCAUAUUCUAAAAUGAUUCCUGAAUUAAGCGCGAAUCAGACCUCCCUUAGUCCCAAAAUGCUAGAUUAAUGCAGGACACCCAUGUGUUGUGGUGAAAGUUGGAACUUCUCCGACAACCUAAGAGUUCCCACGAACAGGCUGUGCUGUAGCCAGCUCUCCUAGAUUUUGUUCUUAUAUUUGAAAGUAGGGGGUUAUCGACUCUAUACAUUAUCCAGCUUGAAAAUUUAAAGCAUGAACUUAUAACAUUUUCCUUAUUUCUGUGAAGCAGAAGCCCGGCUUGAAAAUGGAGAUGUAUGAAACUCUUGGAAAAGUGGGAGAGGGAAGUUAUGGAACGGUCAUGAAAUGCAAACAUAAGGAUACUGGGCGGAUAGUGGCCAUUAAGAUAUUCUAUGAGAAACCAGAAAAAUCUGUCAACAAAAUUGCAACGAGAGAAAUAAAGUUUCUAAAGCAAUUUCGGCAUGAAAACCUGGUCAAUCUGAUUGAAGUUUUUAGACAAAAAAAGAAAAUUCAUUUGGUAUUUGAAUUUAUUGACCACACAGUCUUAGAUGAGUUGCAACAUUACUGUCACGGACUAGAGAGUAAGCGACUGAGAAAGUACCUGUUCCAGAUUCUUCGAGCGAUUGAGUAUCUUCACAAUAAUAAUAUUAUCCAUCGAGAUAUAAAGCCUGAGAAUAUUUUAGUCUCCCAGUCAGGGAUUACUAAACUCUGUGAUUUUGGGUUUGCAAGGACAUUAGCAGCUCCUGGGGAUGUCUACACAGACUAUGUGGCCACUCGCUGGUACAGAGCUCCAGAACUGGUGUUAAAAGAUACCUCUUACGGAAAACCAGUAGACAUCUGGGCUUUGGGCUGUAUGAUCAUUGAGAUGGCCACUGGCAAUCCCUACCUUCCUAGCAGUUCAGAUUUGGAUUUGCUCCACAAGAUUGUUUUAAAAGCUUGUUUACAAAUUGACCCUGCGGAGAGGAUAUCGUCUACUGAUCUUUUGCGUCACGAUUACUUUACUAGAGAUGGAUUUAUUGAGAAAUUUAUACCAGAGCUGAGAGCUAAAUUAUUACAAGAAGCAAAGGUUAAUUCCUUCAUAAAGCCAAGAGAGAAUUUUAAAGAAAAUGAACCUGUGAGAGACGAACGGAAACCAGCUUUUACCAACACGCUGCUUUAUGCAAAGGAAACGGACAAAGACAGAAGACCCAAGGAGGUCAAAGUCAGAGUUCUUAAGGCCAAAGGAGGGAAAGGCGAUGUCCCAGACCUGAAAAAGAUAGAGUGUGAAGGUGAACACCGCCAGCAGGGCCCAGCCGAUGACAUGCACGCCUUGUCUCAGGAUAGAAAGCCCGCCAUUGCUGAAGUGCCAAACCCUGUCAAUCCCAGCAUGCACCCUGAUGGUGUCAAAGAAGACCCAUAUGCUGGAGGUUGUAUGAUAAUGCCACCCAUCAACCUGACAAGCAGUAAUUUGAUGGCUGCAAAUCUCAAUGCAAACCUCUCCCACCCUAAUUCACGGUUAACUGAAAGAGCAAAAAAGAGACGCACUUCUUCACAAACCAUUGGACAGACUUUGUCUAAUAGCAGACAGGAGGACACAGGUCCCACGCAAAGCCAAGCAGAGAAAGGUGUAUUUAACGACCGAACAAGUCAGAGUGACCAAAUGGCAAGUGGAAACAAAAGAAAGCUGAAUUUUCCCAGAUGCGACAGGAAAGAAUUCCAUUUCCCUGAACUGCCAUUCACAAUACAGGCGAAGGAAACGAAAGGAAUGGAAGUUAAACAGGUGAAAGUGCUGAAGAGAGAGGCAAAGAAAACAGAUUCACCUAAAAUACCAACUUUACUCACUGCGGACCCAAAUCAAGAACAACAAGAGGGUUCCUCCGUUUACAACAUCUUUCCUGGCUGGUACAAGAAAGGCAACCUCCACUGGCCAUCCUGACCUCCCACUCGGUCAUCCCCCAUGCUCUGCUGGGGUCUUUCCUACUCUAAAGGUAGAAUCUGACCCAUCCCACCUAAGAGGGCUCAGGACUUUUACCCAUUAGAGCACAGCAAGAUUGACACUAAGCUCUGAGAUGUGGUCAUAAAGAACGAUACAGCCUCUGGCUUGUUGACUGGAAUGCUUUGAUCCGCAUAAAACAUAAUCAAACACAAAGUCUGAGU